AUGGCGCUCAUCUCGGCCUUCUCCUACUCACUACUCACCAACCGCACGCUCAUCAUCCCGCCCGACUCCUUCCUCUGCCGCUUCUUCUGCGAGCCAUUCCCCGGCUCCUCCUGGACCAUCCCGCUCGACGCCUUCAACACCAUAUCCCAGACGGUGCACAGGUCGCCGGCACGCAAUCGAGGCAUCGUCGAUGGAUGGGAUGGCCAUGACGUCAGCAUGCACAUGUCAUGGGACUCCAAGGCGGACACGUGGGGCAUGUUCUGUGAGGUGGAGCAGCAGGCCAUGGCAGCAGCACGCUUCGCCACGCUCUACACCGAUUACUUCCUCGUGCCGCACUUUUACAUGGUGCCCAUGCUGCAGGUACAGCUCGACACCCUCUUUCCCGAUCGACGAGUCUUCACCCACCUUUCGCGGUACCUGCUGCACCCCGCCAACUACCUGUGGGAUCGCAUCACCCGCCUCUACCACGGCCACCUCGCCCACCACUCCCUCACUGUCGGCAUGCAGAUCCGCGCAUUCGAGGAGACAGAGGAGGAUUUGAUGGUGAAUGUGUUUGAGUGCGCCACCAACAUUGCCAGAGUGCUGCCACCUGUCAUACCCACCGACCAAUGGCGCCAAUCCGCUACAUCUGUGACGGAGGAGGCGCUGCUGGGUGUGCGCGGGCGCAGCAUCGGGGCGCUGGUGGUGUCGCUGAACCCCACGCACGGCGCCAAGCUGCGCGACCGCUACAUGCUGGGCAAGCCGCUGGACGGCUCCACUGUCUCCGUCUUCAGUGUGAGUGGCGAGGGUGAGGAGAAGCAGGACGACCUGCUGCAGUACGAGCUCGCCGUCACCGAGAUCGAUGUGCUGCUGGUGACGGACACAUCAACGUUUGGGUACGUGGCGGCGGGGGUGGCGGGGGUGACGCCCUACACCAUGAACGUGGCCAAGUGGAAGCACAGCGACUGGCGCUCCAACGGCCGCCUCGCCUGCAUGCUCGGCUCGUCCGAGCCCUGCUACGUGCACAAAGUGGAGGAGCAAGUGCUGUGUCCAGGAGAGCCAGAGAAGCGGCCGCUGGAGAACAUACCACAGACGCGGGCGUGCCACGCAACGGGCGUGGGGCUCACCACCAACCUGCCGAUGCUGCCGCUGCCCUCCCAGCAUGACGCCUUGGAGGGCGCACAGCCAGCUCAUCCACCUGCCUCUAAUGACCCUCUGCCUGCUGCGGCUGCUGCCUCUGAUUCUGCUGGUGGCAUGGGUGCAGGGUCAGCAACAGCAGGGCAGGGAGAGCGAGAGGGGGAUGGCCGGGGUGAGCAGCGGGAAGGGGAGCAGGGUGCAGGGGAUGCAGCGGAUGGUGGUGACUCUUACUAUCUGGAUGAGGAGCACGCGUGA